GCUCGUAGCCCGCGCCCUAGUCCCGCCGCGCGCUGCGGCUAACGCACACCGGCAACUAUUAUGCCGGCGCUCCAGAGCCGCUCGCCACGCGCCGCGCGCUCGUCGCCACCGCGCCGCGCCGCCCUGACACUGUUGACGACUACGCGCUCUGCUCGUAGCCCGUAACGCACGCGAUUACGCAUUUCACGUCUAAAGACCGGAAUGUAAAUAUUUAUGGAUGUCAGUUUUCAGUUGUUUAGAUUGGCUGUGAAAUUCAAGGUGAAAUGAAAUCAACAAGGCGUGUUCGGGUACAUGAAGAUGCUAUUCGUCAUAGUGAGUGUAAGCGUGGCGGCGACCGGCUGGCGACGCCGCGGAUGUCGCUGCUGGGCAAGCCGCUUAGCUACCGCGCCACGCGACGCGACGCGCGUUACCGACGCCUUCAAUCCAAAUUCUAUAAUUUCCUUGAACGGCCGAGGGGUGUAAAGGCCGUCCUAUAUCAUAUGAUUGUGUUCUUGAUGGUGUUCAUGUGUUUGUCGCUGUCUGUAUUCUCAACGAUCGAAGAAUACGAAGCGAAGGCUGGAAUCGUCCUUUUCUACAUGGAGACAGUAGUCGUCGUAUGGUUCGCAAUUGAAUUUUUUUUAAGGUUGUGGUCGUCAGGAUGCAGGUCUCGAUAUCAAGGCUCGAUGGGUCGUCUCAAGUUUUUGAGGCGACCUUUUUGUAUAAUAGAUGUUACCACUAUCUUGGCAUCGAUGGUGGUGCUGGGUAUGGGUUCCUCGGGCCAAGUCUUCGCUGCGUCAGCGCUACGAGGAUUACGCUUCUUCCAAAUUCUUCGUAUGGUGCGCAUGGACAGACGUGGUGGUACCUGGAAACUCCUUGGAUCCGUUGUAUACGCACAUAGACAGGAGCUAAUAACUACACUUUAUAUAGGCUUCCUGGGACUGAUAUUUGCAUCGUUUUUAGUUUAUUUGGCAGAAAAAGAUGUUGCUGAUACUAAGUUCAAAAAUUUUGCAGAAGCACUCUGGUGGGGCGUCAUCACACUGUGCACGGUGGGCUACGGCGACAUGGUCCCGCAAACUUGGCAAGGGAAAUUCAUAGCCUCCUUUUGCGCACUUCUCGGAAUAUCGUUCUUCGCUCUCCCUGCUGGUAUUCUAGGUUCAGGUUUUGCUUUAAAAGUACAACAACAGCAAAGACAAAAACACAUGAUUCGAAGACGGCAGCCAGCCGCGACGCUCAUCCAGGCUUUAUGGAGAUGCUACGCGGCGGAUGAACAUUCUAUGAGUGUAGCGACUUGGAAAAUCCAUCAAGUGCCACUUCCCAGUCCGCAAACAAGUCGGGUUAUGAGUGCAUCAUUCAAGAACAAUGCUUCCUUUGUGUCGCGGUUGCCGACGAUUCGCCGACACAAGAGUACAUCCCUGCACUCCCCCGCGCCACACUCCAAACCCGCGCAUCGAUACGACGUCAACGCCAGUGCGGAAAACCUUGGCGCGACGAACAGCCGGUCAGGGCGCACUCGACCCAUCAACCCUUCCUUCAGCGAGGACUCAGUGGCCGAGACGGCGCUCUCCAAGAAAAACUCCGACGACGAGGACGAGGAGCCGCGUUGCGUCACGUUGACGCCGCGUCACAAAGCUGCCAUUCGAUUUAUUAGAAAGCUCAAGUAUUUUGUCGCACGCAAGAGAUUUAGAGAAGCCUUGAAACCUUACGACGUGAAAGAUGUGAUAGAACAAUACUCUUCGGGGCACGCCGAUCUUCUUAAUCGUACCAAGAACCUUCAGUACAGGUUAGACCAAAUUCUUGGCAAGCAAGGCUCAAAGGCUAAAGAUGUCUACGCUUCUAAGAUUAGCUUAGCUUCCAGAGUAGUUAAAAUUGAAAGACAAGUAGAUGACAUAGAGAGUAAGUUGGAUCAUUUAUUAGAAAUGUACGAAGAAGACAGACGAUCCAUACGAGGGAUUCGUAAUGAUUUAAAUGGAGGUGCAGAAAGCGGUACGUCUGGAGAGGUUCAGCUCCGAUUACGCCCAGCAUUGACAGAGAAACAAUAUUCAGAACCGAACUCACCCGUGUCACGUACCUUCGAACAACCCGUUCCAGUCUCAGCGCCGCCGGUUCCGUACAAACGGCCGAUGAAUCGAGGGUACUCUGAUCUAGGAACCAGAUUCAUGAAAAAGAAAGUCAUCGUUAAAACAGCGUCAAGCCGAUGCGAAGAAUCGCCGAAAGACGACGAAGUGGUUAUAGUGGUACCAACGGAUCGAGAGGAUACACCUCCUCGUAUAAUCACCGAUAGUUCAGAGGUAUGUGCAAGCUGUUCGGUAGAAGUAGAGACAGAGGUGGAUGCGGGCGGCUCGGGGAGCUCAGCGUCGCAAUCGUGGUGCGAAGGGGAGGCGGUGGACGAGCGCGGUUACGGUUCCGGCGAUUCACUCGCCGAAGACGCAGCUUUACUGGGCGACGCAGUUCAGCCAGAACACAAUCCGCGCAUUAUUCGGGCCCAGAUUCGAGAUGUGGCUGUCGAUCUUCACCUCCUGCGGCCUGAUGUAUGAGGCAAGCGUCAACCACGGCCUGUUCGAAAUCGAACCGAUUGUGUGUGCUCUGUGUUAAAUUAUUCGCACAGUGUUUAUUCCUGUCACGAUUUUUUAAUGAAGCUAGUAAGCCUACCUUUACAUAUGAGGGCAUGAGUCUGGUGCAGUGCGACUGUAAUGAACUUUACAACGAUUUACAUAUAUAAUGUGGUUAAUUUAAGUAAUUGAUUCCACUCGUUUAAGGUAUUGUAUAAAGACCAAAGACUCGAUAUAAAAAAGUUUAAAAUAGUAAAUACGCUUAAAUUAUCCUAUUGCUUAUAAAUAGCUUACAAUACCUGUAGACGGAGGCUUUUAACUUUACAUAAAUCUAAGAUGUAAAUAUAAAAUAACGCGAUAAUACUAUAUCUGAAUGAAACGAUUUAGUUUGUUGAAAGUACGCUUGUCGUAACCGAACUUCAAAUAAUAAAUGACGAUAUACCUAACAUUGCUAAGAUUAAAAAAAGAUAUAAAACUUUUAUGUAAAAAAUAACUGCAAAAAUACAGAAUUUAUAUUUAAAAUUAAUUUGCAACUUUAUACUCAGUACGUAAUUCUUAAGCGAUUAUAACGUUAUUAAUCGCUAAGAAACGGGAGUAAUUAUAAAAAAUUUUCAUUUUCAUCAUA